UGUGUGGAUCAGCGAUUCUGCGCCGUGAAUGUGAAACUAACAGUGCUGCACGUUCAUUCAGAUUUCCUGUGCAGAUUUCCCCUCAGUUUAUCAGUAAACAGUAACUACUCAAUAGUUUAUGAGAUAAAGCUAACUAUGUUUGUGUCUAGUGAAGACUCGACUCCCUCUUUUAAGGGAUUUACUUUAAUCCUGCCCGCUGUUUCUGUGGGAAAUGUGGGUCAGCUGGCGGCAGACCUGAUCAUCUCCACGCUGAACAUGCCGAGGGUGGGACACUUUCACACCGACUGCCUGGUCCCCAUGGCGGGCAACAACCCGUACAGCGGCGGCGGCGGCUCGGGGGGAGGAGCGGAGCAGCUCAGCACUAAUGCAGAAGUAUACUCACACAGUGAUCUGAGGUUAGCUGUACUUCAGAUUCGGACCCCAGUCCUACAGACAAAAGUAAAAUCAUUCCGGAAGCUGUUGGUGUCCUGGAUUAAAAGCAGUGGAUUCUCGAGAACUGUGCUGCUAUCUAGCAGCCAUGCUCACCACAGAGACGAUCAGCAGCUCCAUGGAACCGCCCUGCGGUACCUGCUGAGUCCAGCACUGCAGGAUGCAGAGAAGAGUCUAAAGGAACUGGGCUGGACUGAGCUGGAGAGAGUGUGUGCUUUUCCUGGCAUAAAUGACUCUGAAAAGCGACUGUACAUCCCCGGAGGAGGAGUGACCAAAGGCCUAUACACUGACUGUUGUACAGAGUGUGUCCCACUGGCUGUGGUACUUCUGUUCUGCUCAGAGGGAGAUAACGUCCCAGACACUUUCACACUGACUAACCAUCUAAACGACUGGCUCCACCUGCUGGAAAAAACUCCUCAGGGUUCCACACCAUGGAGGGUUCCUUCAUCCUGGAGGCUGCUGUUUGGAAGCGGCAUCCCACCCCUGCUCUUCUGAAGACCAUGAAAACAGGAAACUGGACUGUUAGAAAUGUCAGCAGCAUGUUGGAGUUCAAGAUUUUGCCCCCCUACAAAAUAAAAUUAAGAUUAUAAACAUCCAGUUCUUAUAAAUGAGGGACCGGGGGCAGGCAGAUUGCCACUGCAAGAAAUCUGGUUUCUCUUUGUAAGAGAAGCAAACUAAAUUUAACAGAUUUAAAAGAUUUUGGACUAUUUUUGUUGGUACAUUUAUCAUGAAAUGCUUUCACGCUUUAAAGCAUUUUUAGAUAAAUAAAAAUGUAAUACAGAAAUUAAAUACAGAAACAGUUUGAGGUUUUAAUAUGACGAUAACAUAAAUACAUGGAGUGGAAUAUCUGCCAAAUGUUAAAUGAUGGAGGUAUUUGUACUGUAUAAUGGUUUAAUAUGAUUAAAUAUUAUGUUGGUUUUGACUUUCUGGCAGUGGUUUGAGAUCUCAGUUCCGCUGCCAGCACAUGCUGUUCCAAAGAUAUACUGAUUUUUUUUUUCUAUUUUGCUUUUCUUUCUCUUCCCAUUUGGCUCUGUGCCCCUGUUUCCCAGCAGAGGCAUGGUUAUGGUUGUUGUGUGUCACAGCCUGACCUGCUGCAACAAGAACAAAUCCAAUUGACGCAAAUGCGGUAGGAAACAGAAAACAAAAACUGUAGUUUCUUCCUUCUUAAGGAUGAAGCAGUGGUCUUGUUUUCGAUGCUAAACCUCAGAAUUGUGCGUCAGAGGCCGAAGGAAGCGCUAAAAAUAUAACCCUAACCCAUUUCACAUAAAAAAUAAUAGACACAACAUGAAAAACUUUGCAUUGUCUACUUCUACAUUGUCUAAUAUGUAGUGCAUCUUUUGCUAUUAAACCCCAUUCAACACAGAA